GCAUUCCUUGUACUUCUACAGAACUUCAGCACAGCUCACACUGGCAUUAAACCAGUUGGAGUGGAGAACAUACUUGCAGGUGUUCAUCUCAUCCUGAUUGGUGGUUUGUGCCAGCUGGUGGCUGGACUGCUCUCCUUUAGAAAGUACGAUCACCUGAGUGGCACUGCCUUCAUCGGCUACGCUGCCCUUUGGGGUAGCUAUGGGGCGACCAGAAUCUACUAUGGUGCUUUAUUUAACAAUCAGACUAUACCAUCAGUGUCAGAGCACAUGUUCAAUGGUUCAACCACCAACAUGAUGGUCAACACUUCUCUUCAAAACUCAACACAGUGCCACUUAUGUGUGUCCAUAGAAGAGUCAGCCAUUGCUGGUCUGAUCCCUUAUAUCCUUCUGUCCUUUAUCCUGGCAUUUUGCUCUGCCACGGUCAACUACAUCAUGCCUUUUGUUUUUGGAGCCAUCACGGCCACUUUGAUCUUUGAAGCAGCAGCUCUGGUGACAGGCCCUUGGGCUCUGGUGGUCUCUGGGGUUCUGGAGCUGCUCAUUUUGAUCUUUGCCAUCUAUGGUUCAGCUGCUCUACUCAUCAAAGGGCUGACUCAACGUCUGGUUCUUAAAGGCUUUGGGACCCCCCUCUUUAAUGUUCUCCUGCUAGGAACCACCAACUCAACAGGUGCUCAGAAACCUGGUCAAGAGAAGAAGAAGAACACAAAAUAUGCAGAGCCCAUGGCCUUGGGAUUCUUCUGUGACUCAAUUGCUCCCUUCAUCGUUGCCUUCUACAGCUUUGGGUACAUGAAAUCGUUUGGUUUAGGAGUUGCAUGGGUAUCAAUCAUCUCAGUCGCCCAGCUGUUCUCCAGCUACUACGCUCAUUUGCGCCAGGAUAGCUACCACACUACAAAAUUUGGGAUUCAUGCCAUGUAUUGGCUGAUCAAGGCUUGGGAUGAGUUUGUGGCAUCUGCCCUGAUUGUGGAGCACAGUCAAGUUGUUGCUGGUAGGGAAGCCAUGGUGGGAGACUGGUUCUUUGUGGUGGCUGGCUUGGUGCUCUGUGUGGGAAGCCUGAACAUGGACACUCUGGAGCUGAUCCACAACUUGCUCUUUGUUCUGCUCACAGUCUCAACAAUCCCCCAGAUCCCCCUGCAGGGUUACUACAUCUUCUUUGGUGUAGCCUGCUCUCUCUUCACUGCAGUCUCAGUCUACGGUACCUUCUCACGCCUCAUAAACACCAUCGCAGAGAAGUCUCUAAUCCCUGUGGGACCACAGCCGGUCUCCUCCGAGCAGCUGAAGAGAGCUCUGAUGUGUAGAAGAUCUCAACAGGGAGAACAAAAAGAGCUGCCCAACAGUGACCAGGCCUCAGAUGCUCUGUUUUAUCUCACCAACGGGGUUGCAGCACUUUCAGCUCUUCAUUCAGAAGUGUCAAGUGGGAACCCUUCAUUCCUUCAUCUGACUGUCCCCUGGGUCCUCAUCUCUGGAGGCAUCAUUCAGACCUAUGUCAGCAGGCUACAAGUCACCGGAGAGGGCCGGUUUGGAUCAGUCAUCUCAUCCAUCUACGUGGUUGUAUGGGCAACUUGGACGUGGUUUCGAUUUGCAGGUAUGUCAGCAUAAAGUAUGAGCAAAAUA